GCGUUUAUCAGUCCAUAGAUUAAAGUCAGUACAUGUUUCCUUUAAAGCUUUUAAACAGUUGAAAGAUAGUGUCACUCCGGUUACGUUUUGGACAUUGGAAAUUCUGCGUCUGAAAAAAAACUUCAAAAUUCAGGAUUAAACACAUGUUUGUGAAAUCAGAUAUGUAUAAGACCGUUUUUACAGAAGAUCAUAAAAGUUAGCGAAUAAUUUUAAAAGGAAUAAAGUAUUGCAGAGGAGCCGUUGUUGUGAUAUACAGUAGUUUGUAUGCUUGUUUCAACAACUGGAAUAACAUGUUUUGUAUUUGCAGAUCUGUAAUGUAAGAACUUUACUAGUAUGAAGCAUAUAAUUUAACUGAGCAAAAAUGAAACGUUUUCAAACGUUUGACAUUCAGUAAUGACAUUGAUCUAUAUCACUUAACCGAAUUUCUAGGCGUUUAGUAGAUAACGAUUUGACAUGAAGUGUGACAUUGACCUUCUCGUUGUCUUGAUGACAUGCGCAUAAGAUAUAGAGUGGACAUGGAUCAAAAGCUCAAAAAUUUGAUGUUUUAUUGACGCAAAAGAAACAUGGGUGUAGCACGUCGUUCGGAGAAGUAUUAUAAAUAUUCGCCGAUGGGUUUAAAAGGUGUGUUUAAGUAUGCAGUCAUUGUCUUCGCAUGUCUUCUAGUCACAAUCCUGUACUCAAACUUUGGAGGCAAAUCUUUCUCUUCUAAAAGUAUGUCACAAAGCAAAUACUACAUCACAAGAAGCAAUUCGACUUAUUACCAAAAGUUCUCAUCUUCAAAGAUUACCAUUAAUAGCAACACUACUGUUGAAAAUUCUUUUGAAGAAUUAUUUGUUCAACCGGAUUUCAUUCCAGCCGAUAACACAAAACGUAAAACUUUCUUUAAAUGCAACGAAACUUUCAACAAAACACUGAAAGAAAAUCUGGACGUCAUAAAGAACUAUCCAAGAGGCAAUGCUGCCGAAUAUCUUUUAAAGCUCGGCGUCGACAAAACCGGUCCUGACAAAUUGAGAACGUUUCCAGUUUUCGCGACUGCGUUGACAUCAAUCCAAGUAUGGAAAAGUGUGCACAUUUUGUGUUUGUUCUGGGCAUGCUCAUUGCAGUACAGUAAGGUAAAAAAGAACUGCAGGUGUGAAAUUAGACGGUUUCCAUUCGAGAAAUUCCCACCACAUGUAUUUGAAUUGAAGACAUAUGCGUUUAAGCCUAUCAUUGUUCAGAUGUUGCUGAUGGAAUUUGGUUUUGUGUGGUGGAUGGACAGUUCAUUAAGAUUUAUGACUAGCAAUAUAGAUCCAGCUUUAGAUUAUGCUAAAAAAUACGGCAUUCUUCAUACAGUGUCGACAGACAACAGAAAUUCAUGUGGCAUGACAAAACAUACCGACACUAGGACUUUCGAAUUUCUCCACGAAGAUCGUUGUAAAUUCAGACCUUUUGGAGAAAUUUGGGCAACCACAGCUAUGUUUCAUUUUGACCGGGUUUCACGCGUUGCAGUUGAAGCAUGGGCGACAUGCGCAUUGAACAAAAAUUGCAUUGCGCCGACCGGAAGUGAUAAAAAACUCACGUGCGAUUAUAAAAAGGAUUAUGAUGGACGGUGUCAUAGAUUUGAUCAGUCUGUUCUUGGAAUAAUAACGCGAAGAAUUUUUCAUGAACAGAAUAGAUAUCCAUUAGAUUAUAGUUUAAACGAUAUCUAUAAAAUACAUCGUGGUAACUUUGUUCCAUAUUUUUUGUAAUAGUAUUGUUUCAAAUUAACUAUGUUCGUUAUUUUUUAUACUUUGAAUAAAAAAUUCAAAAUAAAAUA